GCCGCAGGUGCCGCGAGGAAAGGAGGAGGAGGAGGCAGGUGCGCGCGGACUGACGGACGACGCCGGAGCCGUUGCUGCGUGCGCUGAGCCUGCCCCAUACAACAUCGACUCUAAAAAAUAAAUAAAUAAAAUACAAUAAAAGAGAAAAAGAAGGAAAUAGAAGAGAAGAGAAGAUAUAAGCAUAGUGGAAAGGGAGAAAGGAGCGUGUGAGCCGCGGCGAUGGCCGGCGGCCGGAGAGGGCUCGUGGCCCCUCAAAACACUUUUCUGGAGAAUAUAGUGAGGAGAUCGAACGAUACAAACUUUGUGCUGGGAAAUGCUCAGAUCGUGGACUGGCCCAUCGUCUACAGUAAUGAUGGAUUCUGCAAACUGUCUGGAUACCACCGUGCUGAGGUCAUGCAGAAGAGCAGCACCUGCAGUUUUAUGUACGGCGAGCUCACAGACAGAGAAACAAUGGAUAAAGUGCGACUGACAUUUGAGAACUACGAGAUGAACUCAUUUGAGAUCCUAAUGUACAAAAAGAAUAGAACUCCAGUGUGGUUCUUUGUGAAAAUUGCUCCCAUACGGAAUGAACAGGAGAAAGUGGUGCUUUUCCUUUGCACAUUUAAUGAUAUCACAGCCUUCAAACAGCCAAUCGAAGAUGACUCCUACAAAGGUUGGGGUAAAUUUGCACGCCUAACCAGAGCUCUGACCAGCAGUCGAGGUGUACUGCAGCAGCUCCAGCCCACCGUCCACAAAGGAGAAAAUGUUCAUAAACACUCCCGUCUGACCGAGGUGCUGCAGCUUGGCUCGGACAUCUUGCCUCAGUAUAAACAGGAGACACCUAAGACGCCACCUCACAUCAUCCUACACUACUGCGCCUUCAAGACCACAUGGGACUGGGUGAUCCUAAUCCUCACCUUCUACACAGCCAUCAUGGUACCCUACAACGUCUCGUUCAAGACCAAGCAGAACAACGUGGCAUGGCUGGUGGUGGACAGUGUAGUGGACGUCAUCUUCCUGGUGGACAUCGUCCUCAACUUCCACACCACAUUUGUGGGGCCGGCUGGUGAGGUUAUCUCUGACCCCAAGCUUAUCCGCAUGAACUAUCUGAAGACGUGGUUCGUCAUUGACCUGCUGUCCUGCCUCCCCUAUGAUGUCAUCAAUGCCUUUGAAAAUGUUGAUGAGGGUAUCAGCAGUUUGUUCAGUUCUCUGAAGGUGGUGCGUCUGCUGCGUCUGGGCCGAGUGGCUCGUAAACUGGAUCACUAUAUUGAAUAUGGUGCCGCUGUGCUCGUGCUGUUGGUGUGUGUGUUUGGUCUUGCUGCACACUGGCUCGCAUGUAUCUGGUACAGUAUUGGAGACUAUGAAGUCAUUGAUGAGGAGACAAAUGUGGCACGUAAGGACAGUUGGCUGUACAUGCUGGGUGAGAUGGCAGGCACACCUUACCGCUUUAAUGCUACAGGCACAGGCAGGUGGGAGGGUGGCCCCAGCAAGGACUCAGUUUACAUCACCUCACUAUACUUCACCAUGACCAGUCUGACCAGCAUUGGCUUCGGCAACAUCUCACCUACCACUGAUGGAGAGAAGAUCUUUGCCGUGGCUAUGAUGAUGAUCGGAUCUCUCCUCUAUGCCACCAUCUUUGGUAAUGUGACCACGAUUUUCCAGCAGAUGUACGCUAACACUAAUCGUUACCAUGAGAUGCUGAACAGCGUGCGAGAUUUCCUUAAACUCUACCAGGUUCCUAAAGGCCUGAGUGAGAGAGUGAUGGACUACAUCGCCUCCACCUGGUCUAUGUCCAGAGGCAUCGACACAGACAAGGUGCUGCAGAUCUGUCCUAAAGACAUGCGAGCUGAUAUCUGUGUGCACCUGAACAGGAAGGUGUUUAAGGAACAUCCUGCUUUCCGAUUGGCCAGCGAUGGCUGUCUGCGUGCACUCGCCAUGGAGUUCCAGACCAUCCACUGUGCUCCGGGGGACCUGAUUUACCACGCGGGGGAGAGCGUCGACACACUGUGCUUCGUCGUCUCGGGGUCACUCGAGGUCAUCCAGGAUGAUGAGGUUGUCGCCAUACUGGGAAAAGGUGAUGUGUUUGGAGAUGUGUUCUGGAAGGAGGUGACGUUAGCGCAGUCCUGUGCUAAUGUGCGAGCGCUAACAUACUGCGACCUGCAUGUCAUUAAACGUGAUGCACUGCAGAAAGUUCUGGAGUUUUACACUCCGUUCUUCAACCACUUCUCACGCAACCUACUGCUGACCUACAACCUCCGCAAACGGAUUGUGUUUAGGAAGAUCAGUGAUGUAAAGCGUGAGGAAGAGGAGCGACUGAAGAGGAAAAACGAGGCACCACUUGACCUACCCCCUGAUCAUCCAGUGCGACGUUUGUUCCAGCGCUUCAGGCAGCAAAAAGAGGCGCGACUGGCUGCAGAACGGACCAAUCGUGAUGAACUGGAUAUUGAGAAGGGCCACGCCCAUAAUGACAUCAUCACACAUGAUCCUGUGGCCACUACCAGCAUCGUAACAGUCACUGAGAGCCCGGCCACGCCUAUUCCCUCAGUCAGGCCCAGUCAUGUGCGGAAUCCUUCAGAUCGGGAUAAACUGCAAGCCCCUAAUGCACUUGGAAUUUUCCGGGCAUCAGAGAGCCGUGGCACUCGGGGUUGGGCGCGCUUCAGGGAGAGCAGGGCCCAUCCAGAGAGCUGGGCCAAUGUUUCAAAAGCUGAAUCAAUGGAAACUCUUCCAGAGUGUGGUCGCAAAUCGGCCGAGCCCGGGAAUCUGAAAAAGACAGACUCGUGCGACAGUGGCUUUACCAAAAGUGACCUGAGGCUGGAUGAAGGGGGUGGAACAAGAACGCCUACAGACCGCAGUCCGGUCAGUCAACUGGACAAAAAGCCACCACCCACCGCCCCGCCCAUCCCUGAAUAUACUCUUCACAGCACAUUGCUAGAUUUGCGUGCCGAGCUCAGGGCAGAGUUAAUGUCACUCGGGAAUCGCAUCAGCGCACUCGAGUCGCAGUUAGCUGAAGUGUUGCAGCUGCUCCGAGCCAGAAACACUUCAACAACACACACUCCUCCGUUAUUCCACAUCUCACAUCCCGCAUCACCUGACUCGGACAAGGAGGACAUCUUCCACUAAAGGACCGUGUGCACGUGGGCACGGGGCGAGGUUCACUCACCGGGAGAAAUCAAAGUCCCUGUGAUGAGAGAAAUCCUGGACAUUUUGAACAUUAUGGGAACGUCAGAAGAAAAUUACUUUUUUACUAAAUAAAUGCAGCUUAUAUUUGGUUACUUUUUGAGUACUAAGGUUAAAGUAGUUUUGUUCUUUAGUUUAGCACUGGAGCUAUGAUGCUAAUGCUAAUGUAUCUAACAGUAAGAAAAGUCUCCCAAAAUGUUUACUGUAAAUCUUUUCCUUAGUCCACACCAAUUACACCCACUUUCUCUGUGAUGACACAUAGACCACUCCCACUUCUUCAGUUAUGUCACACAGACCAUUCCCACUUCUUCAGUUAUGUCACACAGACCACUCCCACUUCUUCAGUUAUGUCACAUGACCACUCGCACUUCUUGUUAUGUCACACAGACCACUCCCACUUAUUCAGUUGUCACAUAGACCACUCCCACUUCUUCAGUUAUGUCACAUAGACCACUCCCACUUCUUCAGUUAUGUCACAUGACCACUCGCACUUCUUGUUAUGUCACAUAGACCACUCCCACUUCUUCAGUUAUGUCACACAGACCACUCCCACUUCUUCAGUUAUGUCACAUAGACCACUCCCACUUCUUCAGUUAUGUCACAUGACCACUCGCACUUCUUGUUGUGUCACAUAGACCACUCCCACUUCUUCAGUUAUGUCACACAGACCACUCCCACUUCUUCAGUUAUGUCACAUAGACCACUCCCACUUCUUCAGUUAUGUCACAAAGACCACUCCCACUUCCUCUGCGCGUCACAUAGACCACUCCCACUUCUUCAAUUGUCACACAGACCACUCCCACUUCUUCAAUUAUGUCACACAGACCACUCCCACUUCUUCAGUUAUGUCACACAGACCACUCCCGCUUCACUUGUCACAUAGACCACUCCCACUUCUUCAGCUGUGUCACAUAGACCACUCCCACUUCUUCAAUUGUCACACAGACCACUCCCACUUCUUCAGUUAUGUCACAUAGACCACUCCCACUUCUUCAGUUAUGUCAUACAGACCACUCCCACUUCUUCAGUUAUGUCAUACAGACCACUCCCACUUCUUCACUUAUGUCAGAUAGACCACUCCCUUAGUGAGGUCACAGAUGUGUUCAUGUAGUUUUGGAAUCUAUAAAGCUCACCGUGUAGCUCUGGAACGUUAGUUAUGGAGGACUUUGACCAUCAGAUUCAUAGAAAUUAUUUGACGUGACAUUCCCACAGGAUUAAGAUCUCACAUGUAAAACUGUAUCCAUCGUACAGAUGUUUGUGUCUCUAUGUUUUAAAACACGUAAAACACAUUGCCUGCAGUUCGAAGCUAUUUUAUGGCAUGAGCAGUGCUGAUUAACACUAUUUAAAAGUUUAAUAUAUUUAAUCCAUUAUUAUGGAGCAAAAAUCUAAAUGACACAAGCAAGUUACGGAGCAUCGAGCACAGAUUGCCCUGCAGCUCUUCACUGUAAUGUGUUAUUAGCAGAACAGUGACAUUAGUCAUGGAUGCAUCUUCAGUGUAGUUAGGUUAAUUUUACCACAUAGCUUGUAGCAUAGCUAUACAUAAUUUCAUUACUAUAACAGAUUGUAAAGAAAUCAGACGUUUCUCUCAGAGUCACGCUGCUUCUGAUGAAUUAAAAACAUUCUGGACAUAUCUCUCCACAGAGACUGUAUGAGUUUAGAGCAUUUUCAUUACUGCAGAAUCACUUUCCCGUGAUCAGAGUUUGGCAUCAUUCUGACCCCAAGUUUAACUGUGUUAACUAAAUCUGCAUCAUAGUUCCAGUGCAACACACAAACACACAAACACACACACUCACACACUCACACACACACACACACACACAAAUGUUAUACAGUUAUUUGAUUGCAUGAAUGCAUUCAAGAUUCUGUAGAUUAAAAAAAACAUCAAAUAUUAUUUAUUGUAAUAAAAAAUUUGUACAUGUCUGUGUUUUGGCCUUUUUGUGUAAAUUAUUUUAAUAUUAAAUGUCAACAUCAGCUGAGAUUAUGCAUUUAAUCACUCAGUACUGGCUUUAACCCUUCAUUUACACACACAAACAAACAGAUA